AUGGCUCCCUCCCAGCGCAAGAACGCGCAGUCAACAGCGGCCGAAAUCACCCUUGAGAAUUUGAACAAGUGUUUAGUCAAUCUACCCUCCUCACUGGUUUCAUUGCUUGUGAAUAUAAACACCCCCAUCCAGAAUGUCGUCGUUGAGCUCAGUUACCGCGUUCCGGCCCCCAGCGGAUCUGCGAAACCCAACGGCGCACCGUCACAACGAUCUGUAUACGUCGGUUGGAGUGGUAUGCCUAGCAAGCGCAAGCUUGUGCCAUUGGUAGAUCGAGACGGUAUCAACGGAUCGAGAGGCAGUGGACGGGACCAGGAAGUGGCUUCGGUCGAAAUCGACGCCUCAUUUGCUGCAACCAUAGGUCUCAAUGAUGGCCAGAGGGUCAUGACCACUAUACACGUCGAUCCACCUCAGGCCCAUACGGUCAACAUUGAACCUCUUACACCCGAAGACUGGGAGAUCAUCGAGCUACAUGCGACGUUUCUGGAACUGAAUCUUCUCAAUCAAAUACGGGCAUUACCGAACCCAGCUUAUACGGAUGCCCCUCCCCACCCGUUGACAUUGCAUCUGUCGCCGACGUCACCCGCCAAUAUCAAGAUCAUAUCACUAGAACCAGCAGCCGCUGCCGACGUCCCCUUUGUCAAGAUUGCUCCCGAUGCCGAAGUCAUAAUAGCGCCGAAAACCCGAGCGAAACCCACCAAGAGUAAUCGCGAGAGCCGCAGUGUGGGAGGCACCUCGAGGAGAAGUGGCAAGAGCUCAGCAAGCACGGUGCGAAGACGAAGUGGGCGAGAGGAGAAGAAGCCGGCCUUGUUCUUAAGAGCUGUCGACCGAAAGCUCUGUGGAGAGUGGUUCGACGAACAGCCGCCAGCGCAAGACUUGAGCAUCUGGGUGGACCGGGACCACCUACUGUCCAACGACUUUAAGGGCGUCAACUAUGUUGCAGUCAAUGUUGUCAAACCUAGUGGACUCCAACCUCCGAUUGACCCCCAGAAGCAACAGCAGGAGGCUGCUGCCAACGCGGAUGGUGCCAAACCAUCAGAAAGGGUCAUAGUCCAACUGCGGCCCUGGGACGAUCCGCCGGAUAGCCUGACAGUUGCGCUGUCUUCCCAACUGUGUGCAACACUUGGGUGUACAGGCGCGGUCGGAGGCGUUGUCAAGAUUGAGCCUGCCCCACAGCCGCUGCCUAGGGGCACAGUACAACGGCUCAAAGUCUACCCCUUUAGCACAACUUCAAAGACUCCGGAGGGUUUGCGUUUUGGACGCGAGUCGAAAGCAGAGAAGGAAGAAGCCGCUAAGAGGAUAACCCAAAUCUACGGUGGACAGGACAAGGGCCUCCUUACUGGACCUGUAAGUGAUGGCAUGGUCCUAGGGACUUAUGACGGCCUAGAUCACCCCCAGGGCUGGGAAGGCGGCCUCGUCAGGUUAGAUCCGCCGGCUAAAGAUCCGGUGAGCUGGUAUCUGGGCUCUGACCGAAACAUUCCUAUAGAAGUGCAAGCUUCGAUUUCUCGGCCAACCUGGCUAGAUGACAAAGAUUACGAUGAUGGAACACCACAAGCCGAUUCGGUCUUAGUCGGCAUCAACGCGCUACUCUCUGAGAUGAACUCGCAUCUCUCACACAUGUCCUCUGUAUUGCUGACAGGGGCUUUGGGCUCAGGCAAGACAGCAGUAGCACGCUCUCUGGCUCAGACCCUGCGUGAAGGGUCUCUCUUCCACACUACAUAUUUUCCAUGUCGCAAACUGGUGAACGACGAAAGUCGGACGUCCACCAUCAAAGAGACUCUGAACAGAGUCUUCAUGACAGCGAGCUGGGGCACGAGACUCGGUGGGAAAGCCCUGGUUAUUCUCGACGAUCUAGACAAGCUCUGCCCGGUUGAAACUGAACUGCAAGUUGGAAACGACAAUGGCCGAAGCCGACAAAUCAGCGAAACCAUCUGCUCGAUCGUACGUCAGUAUUGCGGGAGAGAUAGUGGGGUAGUGCUUCUUGCGACAGCACAAGGCAAAGACUCGCUGAAUAACGUCAUUGUUGGCGGUCACGUUGUCCGUGAGAUUGUUGACCUCAAAGCCCCUGACAAGGAGGCACGGAGGCGUAUUAUAGAGACUAUCAUACAUCAACGAACUGUUCCACAAGCAGCGACCAACGGCCAUGAGUCGGACAACAGCCGGCCACAGACUGCAAACGGCAGUGCUGGAGCCGAAGAUGGAGGCGCCUGGAUGGACGGAGGAAGCCAAGACAGCCGGCGGAACUCGAUUUCCAAAUCCCAGUCUGACGGCUUUCUCCUCGGUCCCGAGCUCGAUUUCCUUGACCUGGCGGGGGAAACAGAUGGAUACAUGCCAGGCGAUCUCCUUUUGCUCGUAUCUCGCGCUCGCAACGAGGCAUUGAUUCGGUCUGUCAGCGAAAACGGCUCGAACAAGUUCCUCGACAUCAUCCAGCUCAGCCGAAUCGACUUCAAGAACGCCCUCGAAGGUUUCACGCCGGCAUCUCUUCGCAACGUGACCCUCCAAACCUCGACCACUACCUUCGCCUCCAUUGGCGGUCUCAAGGAAACACGCCGCAUUCUCCUCGAAACCUUGCAGUACCCAACCAAGUACGCGCCGAUUUUCGCGCAAUGUCCACUUCGAUUGCGUUCGGGUUUGUUGCUCUACGGCUUCCCCGGCUGCGGCAAGACGCUCCUGGCAUCUGCAGUAGCCGGCGAAUGCGGGCUGAAUUUCAUCAGCGUCAAGGGCCCCGAAAUCCUCAACAAAUACAUCGGCGCCUCGGAGAAGAGCGUGCGCGAUCUCUUCGAGAGGGCCAGCGCUGCCAAGCCGUGCGUGCUCUUCUUCGACGAAUUCGACUCGAUCGCGCCGAAGCGUGGCCACGAUUCCACGGGCGUAACGGAUCGUGUUGUCAACCAGCUGCUGACACAAAUGGACGGCGCCGAGGGUUUGUCAGGGGUGUAUGUACUCGCUGCCACUUCACGGCCGGAUCUCAUUGACCCCGCGCUAUUGCGGCCCGGAAGACUGGACAAGAGCCUUCUUUGCGACUUUCCCGAUCUGGACGACCGGAUUGAUAUCCUCCAAGCACUGGGCUCGAAGGUCAAACUCAGCGAGGAGAUCUUGGAGUCAGAAGAUGGGAUAAUGGAGGUUGGCCGCCAAACUGAAGGAUUCACCGGCGCUGACUUGCAGGCCUUGGUCAGCAACGCGCAGCUGGAAGCCAUUCACGAUGUGAUGAGUAAGAUCGACGCGGCGCCGUCGGGCAAUAAACGGCAAUCUGCUGCCACCAAGCCAGGAUCAGCGGCCAAGCCACGCAACUUCAUGCAGUUCCGAUACGGCGUCGACGAGCCCGCUGGCGAUGAGCAGGCGUCCGCCGCCAGAGGGUACAAUCGCUCGUCCGAGCUGGCUGAGAACGCAGCCAUCGCGGCAAAGCUCGCAGAAAUCAAACUAGCUCGCAAGAAAGCCAGAACCCUGCAGACGCCGGGUGGUGUACCGAACGGCGCCGUAGAGAAGAGCAACAAGGACGGCUCAGGGGCGCUCGAGGUCAUCAUUGGGUGGAAGCAUAUCUUCAAGGCGCUCGAGGGCACGCGGGCCAGCAUCAGUGCUCAGGAGAGGAACAGGCUGGAGAGGAUAUAUAGAGAAUUUGUUGUGGGACGAAGUGGAGAGAUGAGGGAUGGGCAGGGGAGUAUGGAGGUUGGUGGGAGGAGUAGUUUGAUGUAG